AUGAAGACUGAUGCGGGAGGGGAAAUGCAAAUAAUGUUGCCGAACCAAACUCAAGACGGAAUCAACUCCGGUGACGUAUGUCUUUUGGCAGAGAGCCCAUAUAGGAUACUUCGGGCCGCUGAAAGUGGAAAUGCUGAAGACUUCAAGCGUUUAUAUUUGACAGAACCUUCGCGACUGUCGCUACAAGAUACAAGAGGACGUACUGCGGCGCAUCAAGCAGCGGCCAGGAAUAAUACAAACAUAUUACAAAUUAUCGUUAAUUAUGGCGGAGAUUUAAACGUUACCGAUAAGUCUGGAAAUACGCCAUUGCACGUAGCUGUUGAAUGUGAUUCCCUGGAUGCAAUAGAAUUUUUGUUAAGCCAGUAAGUCAACCCAAACAUUUUGAAUGAAAAGUCUCAAGCACCAAUACAUCUGGCCACAGAGCUUAAUAAGGUUACUGUACUGCAGGUUUUUGUAAAAUUCAAGUCUGCUUUCAAUGUGGACUUAGGUGGAGAGCAUGGACGAACUGCAUUACAUUUUGCAGCCAUACAUGAUCAUGAUAUAUGUGCUAGGAUUUUGAUUACUGAACUGGGGGCAGAAUGUAAACGUCCUUGCAACAAUGGUUACUAUCCGAUUCACGAAGCAGCAAAAAAUGCCUCAUCCAGAACCAUGGAAAUAUUUCUACAAUGGGGUGAAUCCAAAGGUUGUACGAGAGAACGAAUGAUUGCUCUCUACGACAACGAAGGGAAUGUUCCCCUUCAUUCGGCAGUGCAUGGAGGGGAUAUAAGAGCUGUGGAGCUGUGUCUGAAAUCUGGUGCAAAGAUAUCUACCCAACAGUAUGAUCUUUCUACGCCUGUUCAUCUUGCAUGUGCGCAAGGUGCUCUAGAAAUUAUCCAGCUAAUGUUCAGCAUCCAACCCGAGGAAAAGAAUGCGUGUCUAAAAUCAUGCGACGUUCAAAAAAUGACACCGCUACAUUGCGCUGCCAUGUUUGACCAUCCCGAUAUUGUGAGCUAUUUAAUUAGCGAAGGUGCAGAUUUGAAUCCCUUAGAUAAAGAAAAAAGAUCGCCAUUACUUCUUGCAGCUUCGAGAGCUGGAUGGAGGACUGUUCACGUUUUAAUUCAACUGGGUGCUGAUGUAGAACUUAAAGAUGUGAAUAAUCGCAAUGUCCUUCACUUGGUGGUGAUGAACGGAGGUCGUUUAGAAGAUUUUGCAGCGACGUGCAAGAAUCGCUGUGAAAAAAGCCUAACGAAACUUCUUAACGAAAAAGACAACACUGGCUGUUCGCCACUACACUACGCAAGUCGCGCGGGACACAUCCGGUCCUUGCAGAACCUCAUAAAACUCGGCGCCUGCAUCAACUUAAAGAACAAUAACAAUGAGAGCCCGUUGCACUUCGCUGCAAGGUACGGACGUUACAAUACUGUGUGUCAGUUAUUAAAUUCUGACAAAGGCGCUUUCGUGAUAAACGAAAGCGAUGGCGAGGGACUGACACCCCUGCACAUCGCUUCACGAGAAGGCCACGCGAGGGUCGUGCACCUUCUGCUAAACCGCGGUGCGUUACUGCAUCGUGAUCACAGCGGUCGCAAUCCGCUCCAUCUAGCGGCCAUGUACGGAUACACGCAAACAAUAGAGCUGUUACACUCUGUUCAUUCGCACUUGCUUGAUCAGUCGGAUAAAGAUGGCAAUUCGCCCCUACAUUUGGCUACAAUGGAAAAUAAACCUAAUUCCAUAGCAUUACUGCUAUCUAUGGGAUGUCGCCUAAGUUACAAUAAUCUAGACUUAAGCGCUAUUGACUACGCCAUCUAUUAUAAAUUCCCUGACGCGGCACUUGCUAUGGUAACGCAUGAACAAAGAGCGAAUGAAGUUAUGGCAUUGCGGUCGGACCGAUACCCUUGCGUGACACUUGCUCUCAUCGCGGGAAUGCCAAACGUCUUCGAAGCAGUGCAAGAUAACUGCAUAACAAAAGCCAACUGCAAAAAAGAUUCUAAAAGUUUUUAUAUCAAAUACAACUUUCGGGUUUUUUCUCCGAAAACAAAAACAGACGACGAUAACAACAGAAAACCAGAGAGUGCUCUGAAAUCCCAGAAUAUUCCAUUAGCAGCACUGAACAUUAAGUACUCAUUCAGAUACUACCAAUACUCGAAGCGUCGUCUAGAAGCGCUGAGACAGGCGCGCAACGACCCAAACUAUCGUCCCGAACCGUUGAGUGUGAUCAACGCUAUGGUUGCUCACGGACGCGUGGAACUGCUAGCUCACCCACUAAGCCAAAAAUACUUGCAGAUGAAGUGGAAUUCAUAUGGAAAGUAUUUCCACCUAGCAAAUGUACUUUUCUACUGCAUUUAUCUUACUUUUGUAACACUUUUUACAUAUAAAUUGAUGAGCUUCCUUUUCCAAAAAGGUAUAUCAGAUUUUUAAGAACGACUGUUGAUGCUAAAAUUGUUGUUAAUAUUAAUGGUUAAGAUCAAUAAAAUGGAAUAUACACUUCCAGAUUUUGAAGCGAAGGUCGUUAUUUACACGAGCACAGUGGCGGUUCUGUUUUACAACUUAAUGUGUCUAAUACGUGAGCUGUGCAACAUGAAAGAUCAGAAAUGGCACUACAUAGUGGACCCCUCAAAUUUUGUUUCAUGGACGUUAUAUAUCAGCUCAACGCUAACUGUACUUCCGUCAUUAUAUCCAAUGUAUGAAAAUAUACAGCUAUCGGCCGCAUCAAUAACGAUUUUUUUGUCCUGGUUUCAUCUUCUACUUCUUCUCCAACGUUUCGAUCAAGUUGGAAUAUACGUUGUGAUGUUCCUCGAGAUUUUACAAACACUUAUCAAAGUUUUAAUGGUGUUCUCAAUUCUUAUCAUAGCUUUUGGACUAGCUUUCUACGUGCUGUUAUCAAAAGUGGGUGAUGGCCUAAUGGUAUUUAUUAAAAGCAAUCGGUCGACGUAUAAUGGACAGCAUUUGUCUUUUAGCAGCAUCCCAAUGUCACUGAUUCGAACAUUCGCUAUGAUGCUGGGAGAAUUAGACUUCGUGGGGACAUACGUGCAACCAUAUUACAAAUCUGAAACUGAAACCAAUUUACCGUUUCCAAUACCUACAUUUUUUAUUCUCGUACUAUUUAUGGUAUUUAUGCCUAUUCUUUUGAUGAACUUGCUUAUCGGUUUAGCCGUUGGUGACAUCGAAAGCGUCCGACGAAAUGCCCAAUUAAAACGCCUGGCUAUGCAAGUGGUGCUACAUACGGAACUAGAAAGAAAAUUACCCAAAUUUUGUCUCGACCGAGUAGAUAAGGACGAACUUAUUGAAUAUCCCAACAAUAAGAAAUGUAAACUUGGAUUCCUCGAUCUUAUCUUGCGCAAAUGGUUUUGCAACCCAUUUUCUGAUGAAAGUAAUGGCCUCGACUUCGUUUUGGAAAGUGAAGAUUUUAUAUCAGCCGAGCUAGAUAAACAAAAACGUAAGCUUCGGGAAAUGACGAAAAGUCUUGACCAACAAUAUACAUUAUUACGCCUAAUCGUACAGAAAAUGGAAAUAAAGACAGAAGCGGAUGAUGUAGACGAGGGUGUCUCUGCGACGGAGGCUCGUGUCGUCCCACGUUGGAGCUCGCCUCGAAUCCGCAAGAAAUUGCGCACUGCCUCAUCCUUCAAUAGAGGGGGCUAG